UUGUGGAUCAGUCGUACAAUAUGGGGAAAAGUUCAUUGGAACUGCGAAUCUUUGUCACUACUAUUAGGCUUCGUUCAAAGUUGAUUUAUCGUGAUGUGAAUCCUGCUACGGGCAAUACAUGCAUGAGCCAUUGUAUUGGUGCCUGAGGAACCAUCACAGUACCAGUCAAUUUCUCCCGAUUUCGUCUUCUUCCUAUUUGGCAGUACUAGUAUACUACCCUAUUGGCUGGAAUCGACAGAACUGCAUUACAAUUGGCGGUCCUGACGUCUGGUACCCCCCUCAAUCUGGAUAUAACGAUCUAUCGGAUGGCAGUACUCCUCUGAUUGCCGCUUGGCUGUCAUGCAGAACAGACCCCUGAACCCCGGAUAGUCGAUCUGCACCAUGGCCGGCAUUCUCAGCUCCCGUCUCUAAAUUCCGACUCGGCCCUAGCUACACAGCUAUUAGUUCCUAUAUUCAUACUUCUCUCUAAUCGUGCUGCGGCUAGCCUUGGCGACCUUAUAUACCUGGGGUCAAGGCGAGCUCACUGUCUUUGUUUAACCCUUGUGUGACUGCUCUGAAUUGAUCGCCGCAAUUGCAGCAUACAAAAGCAACAAGACACCCCAGACGUAUAUUAUUCCCUACCCUCCUCUAAAAUCCUCACAUCCAAAUGGAUCUCUUCUCAGAUAUUAGCAUGCCGACCAUGGCGAUGGCUUCAGCCCUCGCAGUAACUGCGGCGGCUUAUCUCAAUGCCAAACUUUCAAUUUCUACUGAUCUGUCGACAAUAUACAAUGAUCGGUCUUGGACGAAACGCCUUGGCCAAAGAAUUGCGCAGCUAGGGGAUACAACAACAAUCUAUAAGAUGCUUGAAAGAGUCAUUGAAGCUGAUGGUCAUGGCCCGGCAGAAGCACUCUGGUUUGAGAACGAGACAUGGACAUAUAGUGAACUGAAGGACCUUGUGGAUCGAUUUGCUGCAGUACUCCAUGAAAGAAAUAUUUAUCCGGGCGAUUUUGUGGGUGUCUUUACUACUAAUUCCUUAGAGAUGGUGGUGACAAUAUAUGCAAUCUCUAAGUUGGGUGCUGUUGCUGCGCUUCUAAAUACGAAUCUCCGAGACGACACAUUCAUCCACUGUCUGAAUGUUUCUGGUGCCAAGCUUAUCAUCUCAUCUCCUGACUUAUCAGAAUUUGUUUGUUCUGAUUUGCCCCAUGUUGCGCUGAGCCUAUCGUCCUUCGACGGCGUGUCUUCGGGGUCCACAGAAGUUAUCACAGCAGUACAGUUGCAAAAGUACUCUCCUCUUGGCUUGCCUCCUGCUAAAAGGUCGCCCAGCGAUCUGGUCGCUCUGAUUUACACAUCUGGAACCACGGGGAAACCUAAAGCAUGUGCAAUCCGAAAUAUGAUGACCCUCGUAACAUCUAAUCCACUGACGGUUGACGUGAAUAAUCCUUCGAAGUACUUCCCACUGCGCACAUAUUCCUCCCUUCCUCUUUUCCAUGGCACCGCUUUCUUCACGGGCUUGUGCUACUCCGUUGGAACCGCAAGCACCUUAUGUCUGCGCCGCAAGUUCUCGGCUUCGCAGUUCUGGAAGGAUGUCCAUGAUUCGAGAGCCACCCGUAUCUUGUACAUCGGUGAGCUGUGCAGGUAUCUCCUGUCUACACCUCCUUCGCCCUUUGACCAAGACCACCCCUGCAUCGUGGCUAGUGGCAACGGACUACGUGGGGAGAUCUGGGAGCGUUUCCGCCAAAGGUUUGGGGUCCCUGAAAUCCGUGAGUUCUACCGGUCCACCGAGGGUGUGGCGAAAUUCGACAACUUCGGGGUCGGGGCUUGGGGUGCAGGAAAAUGUGGCUUUUCGGGCCCCAUCAGGCGAUAUCUUGAAGAUGACAUAUUCAUUGUGAAGUACGAUACCGAAACUGAGAUGCCGUACCGGGAUGCAAAGACAGGCUUCUGCGUGAAAGCCAAGCUAGGCGAGGAGGGAGAGGCGAUUGGACGAGUCCGGACCCGCGGGUUGCUCACUGAAUAUCUCCACAACGAGGAAGCCACCGAAAAGAAGUUGCUCCGGGAUGUGUUCCAGAAAGGUGAUAUUUUCCAGCGUAGCGGUGACCUUGUGGUCCAGGAUGGAGAUGGCUGGGUCAAGUUUCAGGACCGGGUUGGCGAUACUUUCCGCUGGAAAGGCGAGAACGUUAGUGCAGGAGAAGUCAGAGACCAUAUCUGCCGAAUUCCUUCCGUCCAUGAUGCCGUCGUUUACGGCGUAAAGCUACAAGGAUACGAUGGACAAGCCGGUGCUGCAGGUAUCACACUUGAAGAAUCUUCUGCAGCAGUGGAGGCCGAAUUCAUGUCCAACUUGUACCGCGAGCUUAAGAAAAAGGGUGUGCCGUCAUACGCUUUACCCCGCCUUGUCCGCAUCACUGAGAAAGUUGCGACUGGUGUCACUUUCAAGCAAGCCAAAGGCGACUUGACGAAGAAGGGGUGGGAUCCACGAGCGGACUGGAAAGGCGAUAAGUUGUAUUGGCUGAACGGUAAGAAAUACGAGAAACUCGACGAGCGGAGCUGGACUUCGAUAGAGGGUGGACAGGCUAAAUUGUGAUGGAGAGAUAUUAAGAU